AUGAGUUACAAAUUAGUGAAAAGAAUGUUUUGUUCAUCAACAAUAAAGAAACCACCACGUCAAGUUUGCAUUGUGGGUGCGGGACCAGCUGGAUUUUAUGCAGCAAUGCAUCUGACUAAGAACUUGGACUCAGUAAAUAUAGAUUUUAUUGAAAAACUUCCGGUUCCAUUUGGACUGAUAAGGUAUGGCGUGGCCCCAGAUCACCCAGAAGUAAAAAAUGUUAUAAAUCAAUUUACUAAGGUAGCUCGGCAUGCUAAUGUUAAUUUUUAUGGAAAUGUAACAUUAGGUAAAGACAUACAACUACAUCAGCUGAGACAACAUUAUGACGCUGUGCUUUUGACAUAUGGCGCUGAAGAGGAUAAAGUUCUUGGCAUUGAGAAUGAAGAUGCUGGAAAUGUUAUAGCUGCAAGAAGUUUUGUGGGAUGGUACAAUGGCCUUCCUAGUGAUAAAGAUUUAAAAAUAGACUUAUCUUGCAAAACUGCAGCUAUUCUUGGACAAGGAAACGUUGCAUUAGAUGUUGCUCGGAUUCUUCUUUCACCAAUUGAUGAACUAAGAAAAACGGAUAUUACAGAACAUGCUGUGAGUGCUUUAGCAAAAUCUAAAGUAAAGGAAGUGUAUUUAGUUGGACGAAGAGGUCCUUUACAAGUGGCUUUCACGAUUAAAGAGCUUCGUGAACAAUUAAAGUUAAAAAAUUGUAGCACUAUUUGGAGAAAAAAGGACUUUGAACAUGUUGAAGAUGUUGUACCAAAUCUUGAAAGACCUAGGAAGCGAUUGACUGAAUUAAUGUUGAAGUCUUUAAAUGAAAGUGGUAAAUCAGUUGAUGAUCUAAAUAGUAACUACUUUAAGCCUAUAUUUUUUAGAAGUCCAAAAAAGUUUAUAGUUGAUAGUAAUCAUAAAGUUACAGGAGUCGAAUUAACUUGUAAUAAACUUGUUGGCGAAAAGUUAGAAGAUCAAAAAUGUAUACCAACUCAUGAACAAGAAAUUUUGAAUUGUAAUUUAGUAUUUCGAAGUAUAGGCUAUAAGAGUAUAAAGGCAGAUAACGAUAUAAUGUUUCUUAAUGGUUUAGUGCCAAGUAAUAAGGGUGUUGUGGAUGAUAGUAAUCCAGACUUAGCUAAAUUGUAUGUGUCUGGCUGGCUAGGAACUGGACCUGUAGGAGUCAUCUUACAUACAAUGGGGAAUUCUUUCCAGGUAGCAAAAGUUAUGUGUGAGCAUUUAACUGGUGCUGAUACUAAAAUAAAAGGAGGUUUUCAAGAAAUUAAGAAAAUUAUUUCAGUAAACAAUAAUAACUUCGUAGAUUGGGAUGGUUGGGAAAAAAUUGAUAAAUAUGAAAUAGAACAGGGGAAAAAACUUGGUAAACCUAGAGAAAAAAUUUGCAGUAUACAAAAGAUGAUAGAAGUUUCCAGAGCAUAG